AUGUCGGUGGAAAGUAUUAAAAACAAGAGUGCAGUUGAUGUCGGAAGCGAAGAGGUCCAUGAUCGUUCCAAUAAAGCAGCCGAUACAACCAUCGUAAAUGCCAUAACAGGGGAUAUUAUCGAUACUGAUUUGAAAUUCUUUGCCACAUUUAAUGAUUUCAGGAAAUUUAUCGUAUCUAAGUGGUUCAUCCCACUCGAUCAACUAUUGAUACUUUUACCCUUUGGUAGUAAGCUGAAACAAUCAAAUUUUAAUAAUAUGUUCAGCGAUCUGAAGACUAAUGGUGUGACUUCCUUGAAGAAACAGUUAUAUGUCUUUGAUAGAAGAUGUUUCUCUACUAUGAACAAGCCAUCCAUUCUUAUAAACGGUGACAAUGAUGACGGCGGUGGCGGCUCUAAUAAACAAGAAAUCUUAGAUCGAUCAUGCAAGUUGCUAGAUGAGUUAAUAGAGUAUAAGCAAAACCCCAUGACAGAUCUCUCCUUAAUUCAACCUGUAACCUCUCCAUUGUCAGAAAUAAAUAUACCCUUUGAGAAAGAUAAAUCAAAUUUAUUACCGUUUCAAAAAAUCACGAGUAUAGUCACCACCAAUUUAGGAUGGCUAAGUGCCCUCGAAAUCGACGUUUAUUACCUAAAAUUACUUAUAAAAGAUACGGUGAAACAGAUCGAUUUGAUACUGGAAUCGCUAAAUGUAUGUUUGGCCUAUUUAAACAUGUACUCAUACGAUGCUGAGAAGUUGCUUAAAUCAAAUAUUAGUUUUUUUCAUGAACUGAGGGAGAUUAAGAAAAAUUCCAUAGACAAUUGGGAAAAUCAUUAUGAUAAUUUUCUUACUGGCUUCAAUGAUAUAAAUGGCCAUCCAUUAACGUCUUAUAUCAACAAAAAAGAUUUAUUUGAUUAUAGUGCCCUUUUGAUAAAAUUAGAUAAUAAGAUUGACGAUAAUUUCAAAAAAAUUGUACAAGGUUUUGAAGUUAUUAAUCAUUUGCAAAAUGAUACAAUAGGUGGAAAUGUUACGGAACUGAAAAAAUCAUAUUCCAUAAGUGACAAAGAGGAAAAAUAUAGGUUGGAAAAUGAAAUGCUCCCCAUUUUUGAAGAUCUCCUUUCCUCCAUUCGUAAUUCAAGUCACGAAAUAUUAGAACUCGAUGAAUUAACGGUUUCAAAGGACCAACUAAUAGAAUUCAAUAAAUGCCUUUUAAAAGAUAAGAAUGACACUGUGAAGAAAUUGUACACGAUAUCAAGGGCUUUGUACUCACAGGCUGAAGAUAUUUUUAAUAUAAAGAAGAAAUUGCAGAUACAUUCUAUUGUUCUAUUGGGUCAGAUUUCUUUUACACAAAUCGAAAUUUUAAACGUAAAGAACUUUCUGUUGAAUGAAAGCAAUAAGGAUCUUCAAGAUUAUCAAAAAUGGGAGAGCAAAUUUGCCAGUAUUUUUGAUUUACCAAUAGUAUACACCUUGGAAUCAAUAGAGAUUUAUCGUAGAAAGUUUUGGUACUGCCAAGUUUUGCUUUUCUUUCUAAAUAGCUCAAACCAAUUUGACAAGAUCAUAAAUGCUGAAAUCUCAUUGCGAGAAAAAUGGCUAAAAAUUUAUGAUCUGAGUUUAAUCCCAAUAACCGCUGAGGAUACUUCCUCUAAUGAAGAUUUAAAGCAAUUAUGUACCUUUCUUUUCAAUACCAAAGAUCCAAAGAAAUUAUAUGCAUCUAUAGAUAGAGAAGUCAAGGCAUUGUACCCAGUUUUAGAAGGAUACGUCACUUUUAUCAACACAUAUAUUGAGAAAAUUGCCUAUUCAAAGACUAAUGAACCAGUACUAGGAAUAAUACAGCGCAAUUUCAAAGAGGCAAAAAAUCUGAGUUUACAAUUUGAUAAUAUUAGUGAUUCAAAUACUCUAGAAAUUGAAAAUGAAGAUAGUGAAACAAAGCUCAUCAACCGUCUGCAAGCAAGAAUUAAAAAACUGGAAGGCCUUUUACACGAUGCAACGUUUUUGAAUGGAAAUUCAUGGCCACCAGGUCUGUUGAAAACAAGCUUCUUUCAAAAGGGCUUUCAAGACUCUAACAGAAAGCUUCUUAUGGAUUCAUCAUCGACUACCUUAGAGCCAAAUGUGUAUGAUGUGGAAGUAGUCCGUCACCGAGAUGUUAUGAAGCUACAAAAUUUGCAAUCACAAGUCAAUGAAUUGAAAGAUAAGAUAAAACUCUUGACAUUAGAAAAUGCAACGAAAGAUGAGGAACUUUUAAACCAACGAAACUCUAUGGUGGAUCUAACCAUUGAGAAAAAUGCCUAUAGGGAAACUCUGAAUCAUCUAAAUACUCAACUAACUGGGAUUGCUAAUGCACAAGAGAGAAACUCAGAUAUUAAAUCUUAUGAUUUACAGCUGAAGAAGCAGAUUGAUGAGCUUAUUGAAAUAAACAAGAGUCAAACAACUGAAUAUAAUGCUCUCGCUGCUAAAUUUGAGAAUGCGAAGAUCGAAUUGGAGAGUAUAGAAGAAAAGGGAAUGCAAAUUCAGGAGAGGCAAGCCGAAGAGAUAGAAUUGUUAGAAAGGAACAGUCAUGACCAGCAGCAAGAAAUAAACCAACUGAAAGAGAAAAUAAAGGUAUUACCUGAUACUGAGACAGAGGGAACACAAACUGAGUCACUUUCUGAAGAAAGGCUGGCGCCAUUAUCUGACAAGGGUCUGGCACUCAAGGUUUUCGACAUUCUUACAUCAAACGUCUAUAUUCUAGAAAAUAUUGGGUUACUAUUGACUACUGAUGAAAAACAUAAAAAUGAGCUUCUUAUUAGAAGAGUCAAGGGGCUAAAGAAAGAUGUCAGUCAAAGUUUGCUGGAUGAAAGUGUGCGAUUAAUCGAGCCUAGUGGAGAUAAUGUAAGUCAACUAGGAAUUAAAAGUGAUGUCUACCAUGAACUGAAGAGUGCACUGGCGAACACUAAGAACGGUGCUGAACUUGGAAUGCAGUUUUCACAGUUUAUAGAGAAAUUUUACGAUGAUAAGCUGUUUGCUACUGCUGUUAUAAAGAGGUUCAAAGACAUAGAGUUCCUAGCUAAAAAAUUAACCAAAGAAAACAAGCUAAAAAGUAACCUGUUGGAAAACCUUAAUAAUCAAAAAAUUGCAUUGAAGAGCUUUCAAGCAGGUGAUUUGGCUCUCUUUCUGCCAACUAGGGAAAAUGACACUUCAUCCGAUGCAUCUUCACCUUUAAUUGCAUCUUUAAAUUCAUCCUUUUCAUCUGUUGAUCUUUCUACACCUCCGUCUUUACCGUUGGAUGCUGCUUCUUCUCCACAAGUCUCUAAAACAAGACAGCGGGCCGGCAAGACUAAACAGAAUUAUAAUAGAAAUAGCGCUAAUGUAGAGAAUAAAAAGGUUAAGCCAUGGGCAGCGUUUACCGCCUCUGAGAACGGUGCCAGGUAUUUGUUCAAAGAUUCUGAGUUGCUACCAGUUGAUAGAGAAUGGUUUAUUGGUAAGAUUAGGACCGUACAGAAGAAUACGGUGACAGACUUCGGGGCGAAUCCUUUAAGGUUGGUGAAAGGCUCUGUUUGGUAUGAGCUUACAGCCGAUAUCAUAUAUUUUGCAUAA